AUGGCGGAAGAGUUGAUUCUGCUUGAUUUCUUGCUUAAUCUGUUUGGGAUGAGGUUCAAGAUUGCACUGGCCGAGAUGGGUAUCAAGUAUGAGUACAAGCAAGAGGACUUGUUGAGUAACAAGAGCCCUCUUCUUUUAGAGUUGAACCCCAUAUAUUCUCAAGAAGAUCCCAGUUCUCAUCCACAAUGGCAAACCUGUGUGUGGGUACCUCUCAUCAUUGUUUAUUACAUAGAUGAGGUUUGGAACGAUAAGUCUCCAUUGCUGCCCUCUGAUCCAUACCAGAGAGCUCAUGCCAAGUUUUGGGCUGAUUUUGUUGAUAAGAAGUUGGGGAUUCGUCUAAGAUGCUGA